UCCCUAGACGCGGAUCUCCGUCGCUGCGACGAACUUUGCAAGUGACUGACGAUGGCGUCUGGCUCGAUUGCUGGCCUAAACCAACGAUUCAACGAACACAAUUAUCUGUGUGACAGUAUCUAAUGUAGCAGAUAAGAUCAUCUGUGGCUAGCCGCAACACGACGGCGUUAGCAACUCAAGCCCGCCUAGCCUCUAGGCCCCGACUCCCGGACUGAGCGAUGGAGCCCUGGAUGGACUUGCUCUUAGAUCAGGAUCCUUCUCUAUUGCCAUCACUCCACUCUCAACUUCGGACGUGUGCACUGGUUGUUUCUCAGCUCUAUCAGCACGUGGGCGAGAGGUUCUAUGGGAUAUUUGUUUCCAACGUUCUCCAACUGGUCUCCACGGCAAUUCCGCACGCAGAGCCGCAAAGCGGGCGGCGUCCGGGGGGCUGUGAUAAUGACUAAAUGCCAUCAAAUCUACCCGGUAUAUGAAGAUCCAUUGUUCUCCCCGUUCUUUUUGUGUCCAUCCUUUGGCCUUCCCCCUCCCUUUUAACCAUCCCUUCCCCCGCGGCAUCCGACACUUCUCAUCAUGCCAUCCUUCUCUCUCCUCGCUACACUCUCUCUACCCCUCCUUGCUCUCGCCGCACCUCACGACAUCCGCUCUGUGAACGCACACCGUCGCGAUCUCGGCAAGCGUAGCACUUUCAAAUUGGUGGAUCACUUUAACGGAACGGAUUUUCUUAAAUGGGACUUUUUCUCUGCCGCUGACCCGACACACGGCGCUGUCAACUAUCUUACUGCGCAGGAGGCUCAAGCCAAGAACCUCGCCUUCACCCAGAAAGACGGAACGACUGUGCUCGCUGUCGAUAACACGACGAAGCUCAAGCCAGGCCAGAAGCGCGACUCGGUCCGCAUCAGCUCGCCCAAGUCGUACAACCAGGGGUUGUUUAUUAUGGAUGCAUGGGCCAUGCCUCACGGACCAACCGUAUGGCCCGCUUUCUGGAUGGUCGGCCCCAACUGGCCUCUCGGUGGUGAAAUCGACAUCGUUGAAGGUGUCGAGGACGCCUCCACCAACCAGAUGACCUUGCACACCUCUGAGGGCUGUUCCUUGGCUACUUCGCUCGUUCACGAAUUCACUGGCGCGCACACAAGCACAACUGAUUGCACCAGUGGGGGCAGUAACAACAAUGGAUGUGGUAUUACCGACGCUAACCCGAAGACAUAUGGCCACGAAUUCAACCUGGCCGCGGGCGGAGCCUGGGCAACCCUUGUUGACAACUCCGGGAUCAAGAUCUGGCACUUCGAGAGGAAUGCCAUGCCGAGUGAUAUCACGGCGCAGAAGCCAAACCCAAGCAACUGGGGCAAGCCUGCCGCGUUCUUUUCGUCGUCAGCCUGCCAAAUUGCGUCACACUUCUCGAACAUGGUCAUGACUUUCGACACCACCCUAUGCGGUGACUGGGACGGCGCUGUUUUCCAGGGCGGCUCCACCGCCUGCGCCAAUGCCGUCGCUGACCCGUCCAACUACGAUCUUGCCAAAUGGAUGCUUAACUAUGUCUCUGUCUACGAAUCUUCAUGAAUCGCAUGGCCGACUACACCCACAAACUAACCACAUCACUCUCUCUCUCUCUAGAAAACUAGAAACACGGAUCACUGUCGCUUUGGGUUGUUGUAUUUCUUCAUCUGCUAGUCACAUGAAGCUGGUUCUCUAUCACCAAUGUACUAGAUACAUAUGUUUUCGCGUUGUGGGAAUUGAUUUCUUCGCGCUUGUACUCGUUUGCUUGACGCUCCACUCGACGCGAGUGAAAAGUGGUAUCUGAUGGCGCAUGUGUCACGGGGUCGCGCACUUCCAUCCCUCCGACCAUCAACCGAUUAUGGAGGCUCCAGCUCCCUCCCCUCCAGCUCCGCCCGAUUCCCCUCCCAAGGAGACGUCCUGGCCACGUAGAACAGCGAAGGCUUGUUCGAAUUGCAGACGGGACAAAGUUCGGUGUGAUGGAGCGAAACCGUGCAGCGGGUGCACUAAGAAGGGCUUGCAAUGUCUCGAUGGGUGCGAGGCUUGCCGGAAGGCGCGGGCCCGGUGUGAGAAGGAGGGCGAUGCAUGCAAGCGUUGCGUAGCAGAGGGGAUCGAGUGUGUUGAGGACGUUUCGCUGCCGCCUACUGUUGGAUCCGAGCCCGCCAGCCUGUCAGAGAGAGUCAAGGCCGCCUGCCAGAGCUGCAGGAAUGAUAACAAGAAGUGCGACGAUCAGCGGCCUUGCGCCCGGUGUGUCUCACGUUCGGAGACCUGCGUCCCGGCAGUCCUUUCACCCCGGGAGCCCGGCCGGCCGCGCUGCGACGAGUGCCGGAAGCAGAACGCUCGUUGCGAGGAGGGACGUCCGUGCUCGACUUGCGUUGCGGCCAAUGUCGAUUGCAACACCACUGGAGUCCGCCAAGCGGUGCGAACCACCGGGACGCGUGUCAAGGCCGCAUGUACGAGUUGUCGACGCAACAAAGUCCGCUGUGAUGGCAGUCGGCCGUGUGGACCGUGUGGACGUCGCAAGUCCGAAUGCCGGGACCAACUGUGCCGUAAUUGCGCUAAAGACGGUGCCGAGGUGUGCAAUCAUCGAACGCGCCUUGCACGUGAACCAACGACGCGGCCCCGUGCGCCAGCUCAGCCUCAGGCCUCGUCGUCGGGAACUACGCUUCCUCCCAUCCAAUCGGUCGUCUCCGGGCCUGCGUCUGGGCCACAGCCACCCGCUGGCGGCUACUACAUCCUGCCGUGGCCGGUGGCUCCAGGCUCCCAUCCUCCGCCGUUCCCUGUCCCGUUCGGCCAACCGAU